AUGGACUGUGGAAGCGCUGCAACGGCUGCGGGGAUUGACCCCAAAAUUCUGGACAAUUGGCAAACAGACGGUGCCUUUUCCGUCGCGUCGUGGGAGCAUCUCGGAUACGACCAACCUCCCGAGUGGGAUACCAGCCAGGACUCGAGCCAGUGUGCCGAUGUCGCGGACCUAGGCGCCUUUCAUGACCCGCUAACGGGCGCGCUGCUGGAUCGCUCCGGUGAUCGCCAGCGUUUGGAGAAUAGGAAGCACAAUGGAACGGUAGACAACUUCAACUAUACUGAUGGUGUCGUCGAGGGCACCGGCAGCGGCACCAUCAGCGGCACCAUCAGCCCUCGCACGCUGCCUUCGUCGACCGACGACAACUUUCACGCUGACGAAACGUGGUCGCAUUUCCAGCUGUUCAACUCGGUCUCCGCGGGCGUGAACCUCGAAAACCCCAUGCUUUACCCUUAUGGCAAGGUCCCCACCAACUCAUCUGGCGCUGUGAUUGUGGAAGACGUGGGGGAAAUGCCCCAGGGCCAAGGAUUCGCAGAUGCUCCGGCGGAAACCAUCAUGUUCCAUCAGGUGCCGCCAUCGUUCCCCAUGAUGGCAGAGCAGUGGCCCGAGAUCCCACACGGCAUCUCGAUAGCGAAUAUGCCCGGGCAAGGGGAUGUCCCGCUGGCGAUGAACCAGAAUAAUGGCAAGGACCCGAGUCUGCGUGAUCUCCAACCAUCCAUCCGAUCGCUCGAAUCCCGAUGGCUCAACAGCCUCGAGUCGCAACUCCCUGUAACACAGAUGACCCGGCCCUCCCUACACACGUCGCAGAAUCAUGGCCGGACUGCGCAAGAUGGAUUUCAGUACAAGUCUGAGAGCUCUUCGGUCUCCGGCGACGUGCCAGGGAUCUACGAGUGCUCGUACUCUGCCACGAGUGACGAGACGCCGGCUUUCGCCGAUUGCCAAUUAGAUGACGAUGCCCAGUGGAAAAUCCCGACUCCAGACGCGAGUUCUCCAGAGAGCGCGCAGCCAAUGGCCAAGACCACUGCGUUUAUGGUUAGCGAGACCCCAUCCGAAUCCAUGAUGAGUACCCUUCCCGCGCGAUCUCGAGCCUCCUCAUCGGCUGUGCGGAAGCGCAAAAAUCGAACUCCUGGGUCUUCCAUGGAUCAGGCUCUGCCAAAGCCUUUGCAGAUCGUCCAAGAGGAUGGACAAGGCGGAUCAAUCGCGUCUGCGGAUUUCGUGUCUCCUCCACGAGGUGCUCGUCGCAAGGGCCCGCUGAGCAUGGUCGGACGGGCUAAUGCCGGCUUGCGCCGCAAGAAUAAGGAUACUUGUGUUCAGUGCCGGUUGAACAAGCGCAAGUGUGAUGGAAGCGCACCAUGCGAUGCCUGCCGCCCUACCCUCCACGAGCAACCAUGUGCCCGUGCCUGCUUCUCUAGCAUCGUCGAGUUUGGUACUUGCAACUACAUCUCUCAACGAGCCGUCAACCACCCGACUGUGGAUGGUGCUAGUAGAGUUCGAAUGGCGAUUCCGUCCGAAUUUGACCUGAGUCAACUUUUGUCGUUCCUCAACGAGCGACAGGGGCGCUUCAACAUCCGCGCCAGUCAGGGCUGGGGCUCUCUGUAUGUCCUCGACCUCGGCGAGACCUACAAGUUCCUCAAAGGGCUGAGCGAGUACAACGGCAACUCGAAAUCGACUUUUCUGGAAUUUAUCGAUCGCCGCAUUGUGGAAUCCAAGGACAAGUCUAAGAAUUGGUUGUCUUGUGUCAAGGACUGUGACCCAAUGGCCCAAGCCUACACUCUUCUCUCACAAUGGAACAACAUGCCUUCGCGCGCCCAGUACACCUUCGUCCCCCUUGACGGCAAUGGCCAAGAACGCCCGAUGGACAUCAACAACCCCGAAGAGCGGCGCGACAUCCUGCUCGCCGCGCAGCUCUCUCGCAUCGUCUGCCGCAUGCUCGAAGUGGAGGGCUUCCGCAAACUGGAGCGCGACUUCUACAACAUCAAGUGGAAGCAGAUUUCGCAUGAAACCCACAUCCGCUUCUUGGGCGAACUGGGCCAGAUCCUGCUCACGCUGCGCUGGCGCGUGUCGUGGUGGAAGCGUCUGGGCGACGGAGGCCAGGCCCCCGACCCGUCCCAGCAGCACUACAUCGACCGUGUCGACCUGCUCUGCCGCAUCCUGUACGUCUACUACACCUGCGUGCUGGCCAAGCUACCCUCAUGGUCGACUUCCGAUGUGCCGAAGGGCAUCUGGUCGUCGUACGCGGAUUCGGAGAAUGCGGUGUGGGACGAUUUCCCGUCUGACCCCUCGGACGCGGGCUUCCAGUCUUGGAUGGACCGCGGUCAGGAGCUGAUCGAGUCAUCGGGCGUCCCCAGCCGGAUCUCCAAGUUCUAA